GGUUUUCCAAGUGUACAGGAGUAAUCAGAGAGAAGUGGAUAAUAGUUGUUAGAGCUCGCUCUCUCUCUCAUGCCAUGCUGGGCCAGAUAGGCUCAGUCAGACGUGUAUUUACCCAUAUCCGGGUUAGAGAGGAAAAGAAAAAAAAAGUUUCAUUUAAACCUGAACAAAAAACUUUCAACAUGAAAUCACACAGCAGGAACAGGCACAGACCGUAAGGCAUUCUUACCGUUUCUAAUCUCAAUCACGGACUUGGGGAGGGGAAUUUUUAUAAUUUUUUUUGUGUUGAAUGAUCAGGAGAGGUUGCUGUUUAUUCAAAUAAGUUUAUUUUCCCCCGUUUCUCUUUUUGCCCCGCUCCCUUUCUGUGCCCCUCCCCCCCGUUUCGCUUUUAUUUUAUUUUAUUUUUGAGGGUGGGUGUUGGAUUUUUUCGUUCGGACUGGCAAUGUUGCAAUGAUCAUGGCCGCGCAAGUAGCAGCGGCUCCGGCGGGUGCGAAGAACAACAAGGGCAAAACCCCGAGUUUGCCGGGCAACUUGAGCCAGGAUCUCAGCUCGGGGGGAGCAGCGGCCGCAGCCACCGGGGGACCUGGACCGGGCUCCAUGCUGGGGGUCGGAGAUGGGACUAACAGCAGCAGCCUGAAUAAUGUAGAUCACCAUCUCCUGCACCACCAUAAUGAACUGAACAUGGCCAAUAAUGCAACUUCUGCUGCUGCCACCGGUAAUAACAACAACAACGCUAACACCAGCAGUAGCAGCAGCUCUUCUUCGGAGUCGGCUCUGAAAGAAGGUGGAAGCUCAUCGGGGUUACCGUCUUCUUCUUCCUCCUCCUCCUCCUCCUCCAACCCGGGCUCGGCCAUGGAGACGGGGCUGCUCCCCAACCACAAACUGAAAAACGUUGGAGGCGAUCACCCUGCUGCACCUCCCCACCACCAUGCCCACCACCCUCAUCACCAUGCCCACCACCACCAUGCCCACCACCAGCACCACCACCACCAUGCACUACAGCAGCAACUAAAUCAAUUCCAGCAGCAGCAGCCGCCGCCUCAGCACCAUCCGAUGCAGAAUAACAACAGCCUCGGCGGCGGCAGCAGCAACAACAACAACGGCGGUGGCGGCGCUGCUCAGCCCAGUGCAGACAUGGAGCAGCAGCAACAUGGAGGAAAAGACAGUGUUUUGGGAAAUCAGGCCGAGCCCCCGCCGCCGCCGCAGCAAAUGCUGAAUAAAGGGGGCGAGGAGGAAGAGCUGCCCAGCAAAAUGGGCGAGCAGAUCGGCGGCCGCUACGAUCACCCCAGCCUGGGACCUUUGGGCGGACAGCAGCAGCAGCAGCCCCAAAGCGCUGGGAGCGGCAGCGGCAGUAGUAGCAGCAGCGGCGGCGGCGGGAGUGGGGGAGGCGGCGGCCCCUCCGCGGUGGGUGUCUCGGAGUUUAAUAGCUAUUACGGCAACCCUGCCCCUGCCAGCAGCGCUACAGCGAGCCGAGCCGGGCCUUGCUUUGAUCAACAUGGCGGACAACAAAGCCCCGGGAUGGGGCUGAUGCACCCCACGGCGGCCCCCAACAGCAUGGACCCCCUGCAGAACUCCCACGACGGUUACCCCAACAGCCAGUACAACCACUACCCCGGCUACGGCCGGCCCGGCGGCGCCGCAGCGGGAGGAGUGGGAGCGGCGGCGGCAGCCGCCGCGGCUGCAUCAGGAGCCGGAGGAAGCGGCUAUGGGGGCUCGUCCUCUGGCUACGGGGUGCUGAGCUCCCCCAGGCAGCAGGGCAGCACCAUGAUGAUGGGCCCAGGUGGAGGGGCCAGCCUUGGCAAGGCUGCUGCGACUUCUGGGGCUGGAGGCUUUCAGAGAUUUUCCGGGCAGAACCAGCACCCGUCCGGGGCCACCCCUACCUUGAACCAGCUGCUCACUUCCCCCAGCCCCAUGAUGAGGAGCUAUGGCAGCAGCUACCCUGAUUACAGCAACCCCAAUGCCCCACCACAGCAGCAGCCACAACCCCAGGCAGCGACGGCAGCCCCAGGAAGCCAGCAGGCAGCAGCGGGCAUGGGCAUGGGCAUGGGCAAAGACAUGGGCUCCCAGUAUGGAUCUGCAAACCCAGCCUGGGCAGCAGCACAACAAAGAGCUCAUCCAGCUAUGAGUCCUGGAAGCACUGGUCAGACCAUCAACAGAACCCAGGGCAGCCCAAUGGAUCCAAUGGUAAUGAAGAGACCUCAGUUGUAUGGAAUGGGCAAUAACCCUCAUUCACAGACACAGCAAAGCAGUCCAUACCCGGGGCAGUCAUAUGGCCCUCCAGGACCUCAGCGAUAUCCGAUGGGAAUGCAGGGACGGACCUCGGGAGCCCUGGGAGGAAUGCAGUAUCCACAGCAACAGAUGCCGCCUCAGUAUGGUCAGCAAGGUGUAAGUGGCUACUGCCAACAGGGCCAACAGCCAUAUUACAACCAGCAACCGCAACCUCAGCAUCUGCCGCCCCAGGCACAGUAUCUGUCGCAGGCUCAGCAGAGGUACCAGACACAGCAGGACAUGUCUCAGGAAGGCUAUGGAACCAGAUCCCAACCCCCUAUAGCCUCAGGAAAGCCUAACCAUGAAGACUUAAACCUAAUACAACAAGAAAGACCAUCAAGCUUACCAGUUGAAGUCUUGGCCUCGGAGGAUGCUGCAUUUGGACUGAAGGAUUUAUCCGGCUCCAUUGAUGACCUGCCCACUGGAACUGAAGCAACACUGAGUUCAGCAGUUAGUGCAUCAGGUUCUACAAGCAGCCAGGGAGAGCAGAGUAACCCUGCACAGUCACCUUUCUCCCCUCAUGCCUCCCCACAUCUCUCUGGCAUCCCAGGGGGUCCAUCACCUUCCCCUGUAGGCUCUCCUGUUGGAAGCAACCAAUCAAGAUCUGGUCCAAUUUCUCCUGCAAGUAUUCCAGGUAGUCAAAUGCCACCUCAGCCUCCUAGUAGUCAAUCAGAAUCCAGCUCCCAUCCUGCCUUGAGCCAGUCACCAAUGCCCCAAGAUCGAGGUUUUAUGGCAGGCAUACAAAGGAACCCACAAAUAUCCCAAUAUGGACCUCAACAGACUGGGCCUUCCAUGUCACCACAUCCUUCACCUGGAGGCCAAAUGCAUCCUGGGAUUGGUAGUUUCCAGCAGAGUAAUUCAAGUGGUACUUAUGGGCCUCAGAUGAGCCAGUAUGGACCACAAGGAAACUACUCCAGACCGUCAACAUACAGUGGGGUGCCUAACACAAGUUACAGUGGCCCAGGACCCGGCAUGGGUAUAAAUGCCAAUAGUCAGAUGCAUGGACAGGGGCCAAGCCAGCCAUGUGGUACCAUGCCCCUGGGACGGAUGCCAUCAGCUGGGAUGCAAAGCAGACCAUUUCCUGGAAACAUGGGCAGUAUGACCCCCAAUUCUCCUGGCAUGUCUCUGCAGGGAGGCCCUGGGAUGGGCCCACCCAUGCCAACUGUGAACCGUAAGGCACAGGAGGCAGCUGCUGCAGUGAUGCAGGCUGCUGCAAACUCCGCUCAGAGCAGGCCACCAUACAUUAGGUCGCCUGCUUAUCCCAGCCAGUCUGGGGCUGGCGGACGCCCCAUGUUUUCUUCACAGCACCCCAACUAUGGCAACGCUCAGGCUCCCAUGAUGCACCAGCCUGACCAGUACGGGCAAGGCAGUUUUCCUGGCAUGAAUCAGAGUGGUAUUAUGGGAUCCAGUUCUCCCUACACGCAGCCGAUGAACAACAGCUCUGGCCUGAUGAACCCACAAGCUCCUCCUUACAGCAUGGCACCUAACAUGGUGAACAGUUCAACAGGUAAUGCACCUAUGGGUCUUGCAGAUAUGAUGACACCUGGUGAGUCCAAACUGCCCCUUCCUCUCAAAGCAGAUGGCAAAGAAGAAGGACCCCCACAGCCCGAGAGCAAGUCAAAGGAUAGCUACAGCUCUCAGGGUAUUUCUCAGCCCCCAACCCCAGGCAACCUGCCAGUCCCUUCCCCAAUGUCCCCAAGCUCUGCUAGCAUCUCCUCAUUUCAUGGAGAUGAAAGUGAUAGCAUUAGCAGCCCAGGCUGGCCAAAGACUCCAUCAAGCCCUAAAUCAAGUUCCUCCACCACAACUGGAGAAAAGAUCACAAAAGUCUAUGAGUUGGGAAGUGAGCCAGAGCGCAAGAUGUGGGUGGAUCGAUACCUCACCUUCAUGGAAGAAAGGGGCACGCCUGUGGCCAGUCUGCCAGCUGUAGGCAAGAAGCCACUGGACCUCUUCAGGCUUUAUGUCUGUGUCAAAGAGAUUGGAGGUUUAGCACAGGUUAAUAAAAACAAGAAGUGGCGCGAGUUGGCAACCAACCUGAAUGUUGGCACUUCAAGCAGCGCAGCCAGCUCCCUGAAAAAACAGUAUAUUCAGUACCUGUUUGCCUUUGAGUGUAAGAUAGAACGAGGGGAGGAGCCCCCUCCAGAGGUCUUCAGCACUGGAGAUACUAAGAAACAACCUAAGAUUCAGCCGCCAUCUCCUGCUAAUUCUGGUUCCCUACAAGGUCCACAGACUCCCCAGUCUACUGGUAGUAAUUCCAUGACAGAAGUGCCGGGCGACUUGAAGCCUCCAACACCAGCAUCAACACCUCAUGGACAGAUGACGCCCAUGCAGGGCGGCAGAAACAGUGCAGUUAGUGUGCACGAUCCCUUUUCUGAUGUAAGUGAUUCUGCAUUCCCGAAGCGAAACUCCAUGACGCCAAAUGCACCAUACCAGCAAGGGAUGAACAUGCCAGAUAUGAUGGGAAGGAUGCCCUAUGAACCGAAUAAGGACCCUUUUGGUGGGAUAAGAAAAGUGCCUGGAAGCAGUGAGCCCUUCAUGGCCCCUGGACAAAUGCCCAAUAGUGGAAUACAGGAUAUCUAUAACCAGACUCCAUCUGGAGCAAUGUCCACCAUAAGCAUGAGCCAGCGGCAGCAGUUCUCUUAUGGAGGUGGCUAUGACAGGAGGUCGGAUCAUGGGCUGGGUCCUGAAGGCAGUAUGGGACCACCUGGUCAGAGCAACAUGGUGCCUUCAAACAGUGACCCAAGCAUGUACUCUCCUAAUCGUUACCCUGGCCAGCAGAGGCAUGAACCAUAUGGGCAGCAAUAUCCAGGGCAAGGACCUCCUUCAGGACAACCACCGUAUGGAGGACAUCAACCUGGAAUGUAUCCACAGCAGCAGAACUAUAAGCGUCAUAUGGAUGGCAUGUAUGGGCCUCCAGCAAAACGCCAUGAAGGGGAUAUGUAUAACAUGCAGUAUGGCAAUCAGCAGCAAGAAAUGUAUAACCAGUACAGCAACACUUACUCUGGAUCAGACAGGAGGCCUAUCCAGGGACAGUAUCCAUAUCCUUAUAACAGGGAGAGGAUGCAGGGCCCCGGACAAAUCCAGCAGCAUGGAAUACCCCCACAGAUGAUUGGUGGCCCCAUGCAGUCAUCAUCCACCAGUGAAGGUCCUCAGCAGAAUAUGUGGCCAACACGAAAUGAUAUGCCUUACCCUUACCAGAACAGGCAAGGCCCUGGAGGCCCUGCACAGGCCCCACCCUAUCCAGGGAUGAACCGCACUGAUGAUAUGAUGGUACCUGACCAGAGAAUAAACCAUGAGAGUCAGUGGCCUUCUCAUGUCAACCAACGUCAGCCUUCUUACAUGUCAUCCUCAGCCUCCAUGCAGCCUAUCACUCGACCUCCUCAGUCGUCCUACCAGACACCACCCUCAAUGCCAAACCACAUCUCUAGGGCUCCAAGUCCAGCAUCCUUCCAGCGCUCUUUAGAGAACCGUAUGUCUCCAAGCAAGUCUCCUUUCCUACCCUCUAUGAAGAUGCAGAAGGUUAUACCCACAGUUCCAGUGUCACAAGUCACAGGACCUCCACCCCAGCCACCACCAAUUAGGCGAGAAAUUACUUUCCCUCCAGGCUCCGUAGAAGCAUCGCAACCAGUCUUAAAACCAAGACGAAAGAUUACCUCAAAAGAUAUUGUAACUCCUGAGGCCUGGCGAGUGAUGAUGUCUCUUAAAUCUGGCCUUUUGGCUGAAAGUACCUGGGCUCUAGACACUAUUAAUAUUCUUCUGUAUGAUGACAGCACUGUUGCUACUUUCAACCUUUCGCAGUUAUCUGGAUUUCUUGAGCUUUUGGUAGAAUAUUUUAGAAAAUGCCUGAUUGACAUUUUUGGAAUCCUUAUGGAAUAUGAAGUGGGAGAUCCAGGUCACAAAGCACUUGAUCACAACGCAGUCAAGAAGGAUGACAGCCAGUCCUUGGCAGUGGAUACUGGAAAAGAGGAGGAAAAUGAUGAAUGUAUUGACUACUUUGAUGAAGAUGAGGAGGAGGAUGAAGAGGAGGAGGAGGAAGAUGAAAUUGAAAAAAUAGAAGGAGAAGAAAAGAGCACUGUUUUUGCCACUCCCAGUGCCAUUGCUGAUCCAAGUGAGAGGCCAAAACAAGCCAGUAAAUUUGACAAGCUGCCAAUAAAGAUUGUAAAGAAAAAUAAUCUAUUUGUUGUUGACAGAUCUGACAAACUGGGGCGUGUUCAGGAAUUCAACAGUGGGCUUCUCCACUGGCAGCUUGGUGGGGGUGAUACUACUGAACACAUCCAGACUCACUUUGAGAGCAAGAUGGAGAUUCCUCCACGAAGGAGGGCCCCUCCACCCUUGAACUCUCCAAGCAAAAAGAAGGAUCUGGAAGGGAAAGGUGAACCUGAAGAACAACAGGAAAAAAGUAUAACAGCUACCAUCGAUGAUGUCCUGUCAGCUCGACCAGGAGCAUUGCCCGAAGAUUCAAACCCUGGUUCCCAGACAGAGAGCAGUAAAUUUCCCUUUGGGAUCCAUCAAGCCAAAAGCCACCGGAAUAUUAAACUGCUAGAAGAUGAGCCAAGGAGCCGGGAUGAGACUCCUCUAUGCACCAUAACUCAUUGGCAAGACUCCUUGGCUAAACGCUGCAUCUGUGUGUCAAAUAUUGUCCGUAGCUUGUCUUUUGUGCCUGGCAAUGACGCCGAAAUGUCCAAACAUCCAGGCUUGGUGCUGAUCCUGGGAAAGUUGAUCCUCCUUCACCAUGAGCAUCCGGAAAGAAAGCGAGCGCCACAGACAUAUGAGAAAGAGGAAGAGGAGGACAAAGGGGUGGCCUGCAGCAAGGAUGAGUGGUGGUGGGACUGCCUCGAGGUCUUGAGGGAUAAUACAUUGGUCACAUUAGCCAACAUUUCUGGGCAGCUAGACUUGUCUGCUUAUACAGAAAGCAUCUGUUUGCCAAUUUUGGAUGGCUUGCUGCACUGGAUGGUGUGCCCAUCUGCAGAGGCACAGGAUCCUUUUCCAACCGUGGGGCCCAACUCAGUCCUAUCGCCUCAAAGACUUGUGCUGGAGACCCUGUGUAAGCUCAGUAUCCAAGACAAUAAUGUGGACCUUAUCUUGGCCACUCCCCCAUUCAGUCGUCAGGAGAAACUCUACGCUACUUUAGUUAGGUACGUUGGGGACCGCAAAAACCCAGUCUGCCGAGAAAUGUCCAUGGCUCUCUUAUCGAACCUUGCCCAGGGGGACAUGUUAGCAGCAAGGGCAAUAGCUGUGCAGAAGGGAAGCAUUGGAAAUUUGAUAAGUUUCUUGGAGGAUGGGGUCACUAUGGCCCAGUACCAACAGAGCCAGCAUAACCUCAUGCACAUGCAGCCUCCACCUCUGGAACCACCUAGCGUAGACAUGAUGUGCAGGGCAGCCAAGGCUUUGCUAGCCAUGGCUAGAGUGGACGAGAACCGCUCAGAGUUCCUUUUGCAUGAGGGUCGUUUGCUGGAUAUCUCAAUAUCUGCUGUCCUGAACUCUCUGGUUGCAUCUGUCAUCUGUGAUGUACUUUUUCAGAUUGGGCAGUUAUGACAUAAGUGAGAAGCCAAGCAUGUGUGAGUGGAGAUUAGAGGGUCACAUAUAACUGGCUGUUUUCUGUUCUUGUUUAUCCAGCGUAGGAAGAAAGAAAAAAAAGAAUCUUUGCUCCUCUGCCCCAUUCACUAUUUACCAAUUGGGAAUUAAAGAAAUUAUUAAUUUGAACAGUUAUGAAAUUAAUAUUUGCUGUCUAUGUGUAUAAGUACAUCUUUUUAUUUUAUUUUUUUUAACCAAAGUUGCUGUCUAGUACAUUCAAAGGUCACACUUUUUUUCCAUAGAUUAUCCUUUUCAAUGUUCUUUUCCAUGUUUGUAUUACAUAUUUUUUGGGAAGCGAACUAGUGACUUUAAAAAAAAAUUGUGGCAAACCAUUGUAUGAUGGGGGGAAAGAAAUCUCACCACUCUGAAAUGAAAAGGUGAAAAAAACCCCCAACAUACCAAGUUCCUGUGUGUUUUAUUUUUUCAAAAAAAGGAAAAAUAAAAAUAACCUGUACACCAUCACCCAAAGCUCUGUGCAAUAGAAAAUUCUAGUGAUGUAGGUGUAGGGGAUCAACGAGGAUGUCAGUCGGUAGUCAAAAUACAAAAUGAUAUUGGUUUCUCCACAGGAGAAAUGGUUACAUUAGGCUAGGAGCAAAACAAAAAAAUGUUUUUAAAGUUUAAAAGAUUUUAAACACAAACCUGAUGACGAUAAACAUAAAUUGCUUCCUCACCAGAACUGUCUUGUCUGCAUCUGUUGUUUGACCUUCCACAAUGACAGUUCUUCACAAUUCCUUUAAUCAUUUUUUUAAAUAUUUUUUUUAUUGCCUAAGGGCCGUGAUGUAUAUAGAAGUUGUACAUUAAACAUGCCCUCAUCUUUUUUUUUUUAAGUACAAAGUUUUUAGUUUCUUUUCCAUGAUGUGGUAACUCCAAAGUGACAGUAGAAUUUUAUUUUCCUUUCAUUUGGGCCAUAUCUCCAAAAAAACCCGAGGGUAAUGUACAAGUUUCUGUAUGUAUAAAGUCAUGCUCUAUUUCGGGAGAGCAGCCGAUCACAAUUUGCUUUAUAAAUCAAGGUGUGGAAAUGGUUACGUAUGGAUUGAUUUAAGAAAAUGGUUACCAGUCUACAGACAAAAAAAAUAUACAGAAAAAAAGGAAGAAACACAACUUCAAAGAUUUUUCAGUGAUGAGAAUCCGCAUUUGUAUUUCAAGAUAAUGUAGUUUAAAAAGGAAAAAAACUUGAUGUAAAUUCCUCCUUUUCCUCUGGCUUAAUGAAUAUCAUUUAUUCAGUAUAAAAUCUUUAUAUGUUCCACAUGUUAAGAAUAAAUGUACAUUAAAUCUUGUUAAGCACU